UUUUCUUUCUUUCUUUCAAGGACCAUAGUCUUGGUGCAUCUAGCAAGACUCCACCCAACCCAAGGUCAUCGAGCUUUUCAUUGAUAUUACUUACUAGGACUCUUCAAGGUUUGUGCUUUAUGUUGAGGUCUAGGGCCUACUUUUGAGUUAGUUUUUGUGAAAAGUGUAAAACCUGUAUCUAGCUUCACCUUUUUGCAUAUUGAGUUUGUAUCAAACAGCUUUCUGCUACUGUAACACAUAUCCAAGGUAAUCAAUAUAACAAGAGAAAAGGUUUGUUUAGGCUUACUCUGUUUUUAGAGUUUGGGCCCAUGAUUAAGUAUCUCCAUUGUUCUUGAGUAUCCACAGUAAAGCAAUAAAUCAAGGCAGGGAGCACAAGGAAGAGAGGAGAAGGAAGAGAUCAGAUUCCCACAGCCCCCUUCAAUGCCCUGUUGGCCAGAGUCUCCCAGCAGGCUCUGCUUCUUAAAGGCUUCACUGCUUUCCAGUAGAACCACAGUGAGAGCCAGAUCUUUAACCCACGCACCCUGGGAUACUUCAUUCAAACUGAAGUGGUGCUGUCGGUGGAAAGACUGCCUUCCUUCUAGAGAACUGUCUGCUACCAUAUCAAAGACCACGUGACUGCAUUUGUGUUACUACGUGUCCCAUGUAAUUGAUCUGUUUGACCUAAAAGUGAGAUUGAAUGCUCUCAUGGAAUUAAUCAUAUUAACAUUUAGAGUUUUUGGGGGGGGGUUAUUGGAUAUUUUCUUUAUUUACAUUUCAAAUGUUAUCCCCUUUCCCACCCUCCCAAACCCUUAUCCCAUUCCCCAUUCCCCUGCUUCUAUGAGGGUGUUCACACACCCACCUGCCCACCCACUCCUGCCUCCCCGCCCUGGCAUUCCCCUACACUGGGGCAUGCUGCCUUCACAGGACCAAGGGCCUCCCCUCCCACUGAUGUCUGAUAAGACAUCCUCUGCUACAUAUGCAGCUGGAGUCAUGGGUCCCUCCAUGUGUACUCCUUGGUUGGUGGUUUAGUCCCUGGGAGCUCUAGGGGCACGGGGGUCUGGUUGGUUGAUAUUGUUCUUCCUAUGGGGUUGCAAGCCCCCUCAGCUCCUUCAGUCCUUUCGUUGGGGAGCCCAUGAUCAGUUGGGUUUUGUUUUUAGUGAUUAGGACAAUGAUAAUUUUUCCACAAGGGCAUACAUAGAAAUUUCAACAAUCCUGUGUGCUGUGUGUGUGUGUGUGUGUGUGUGUGUGCUCGCAUGCACCCCAUUAUACUUUAUUCCUGUGCCCUCAUUCCUCCCUGGCCACCCCUUCCUCCUCUUGGUCUUCCCUUCUUCCUCCCAGGUACAGAGCCCCUGGAUUCUACUUUCAUGACUUGAAUGUCUGAUGUCCUCUCUGGUUCUCCCUCCCUCCUUGGAUCUCCUCCUCUACUUUCAUGCCUUCUGUCUACUUCCAUUGCUUAUAUGUAAAUUUGCAUAUAUUUAAGUCCACACUCCACAUAUGACAGAAACAGACCAAUAUUAUUGAGCUGAGUUUGGUAUAUUUUGCUGAACAUAAUGAUUUCCAAUCCCACACGUUUUCUGAAAUAUUUCUAUUUUUAAUGUGCAUGUGUAUAUAAAAGGGGGCAUGCAGACCACAGUUUUGUAUCAUCUUUACCCCACUUGCUCGGGGCUACUUCUACAACUUCUUUGAAACUGUGGCUGAAACUAUUUCAGCACUGAACGGCUUUUGUAGAGAACCAGGAUCCCAGAUAAGAGCCUUUCAAAUUCAUGAGACUGGUAGGAAUUCUGCCAGUGUGACAUAAGUGGUGGAAACCUCUUCAGGUCAGCCCAGAAAGAGAGACUCAGCAACUGUCAGUCCUGGUAGAUGAAACUGUUCUCUUAAACUGCAUAUGGUGGCUCUGGAAUGGUGAUUCUAGCAUUUGGUGGGUAGGGCGGGGAGAUCUUAAGUUUCAGGCCAGCUGGACACACAAAGAGAUCUUGUCUUUAAAGAGGGGGAAAACACAUACACACGCUUUUUAACGGAAAGAAAAUCCCUUUACAUAAACUGUGAACUACCUCCCCUUCUCUUCCCUCGGAGAUCUGAAAGUGAGAAUCCAGGCCCAGGUAGGCAUCAUUGCCACGCCUCCUCUUACAGACUUCCAUUAGCAUUUCCACCUUGGAACUUCCACCUUCAUACUUAGACUGUGCAUACGCUACAGAAAGCUCCCGCGUAUUCCAUUUCGGAAGACAAGGGAUGUCAGUUCCUAAGUAGGUAUGGAAAGAUUGUUUCUCCUUACUCUAAAAUCGUUUGGUCUUUAGCCGGGCGUGGUGGCGCACGCCUUUAAUCCCAGCACUCGGGAGGCAGAGGCAGGCGGAUUUCUGAGUUUUAGGCCAGCCUGGUCUACAGAGUGAGUUCCAGGACAGCCAGGGCUACACAGAGAAACCCUGUCUUGAAAAACCAAAAAAAGGGGCUGGUGAGAUGGCUCAGUGGGUAAGAGCACCCGAUUGCUCUUCCGAAGGUCCAGAGUUCAAAUCCCAGCAACCACAUGGUGGCUCACAACCACCCGUAACGAGAUCUGACUCCCUCUUCUGGAGUGUCUGACUUACAUAUAAUAAUAAAUAAAUCCUUAAAAAAAAAAAUCGUUUGGUCUUGAGAGAGGGCCCUGGGGAAUAGUAAGCAAAGACCCAAGAAGAAGCAGGCAAUGAGUUAUGGUAUUUAUAAUUUUUGUUUGUGUCCUGUGUGGAAAAUUAUAAUCAGAGGAGCUUAAAAACAAGUAAGCACAAGAUGAGAGAGGGAGAGAAGAGGGAGGACUGGGAGGGGAGGGGAAGAGAGGGAAGCAUGAUUGACAAGCGUUCUGACACUCAGUUCUGCCCAGACCCCUCUUCCUUUGUAUUUUGAGUCAGGGUGUCCCUACAUUGCCCAGGCUGGCCUUAAUUUUGCUCUGUAUCAGAUAGGUAUUGAAUUCGAGAUCCUCCUGCCAAGGCCUUCCUGGAAGAAGAGAGUACACACCCGCAUCACUAGGCCAGGCACCCAACCCAUUCGUAUCCAGUUAGUUCUAGGGAUCAGGCACUACCUAGUCCUCCAAGGAGGCAGCGAUAAACACAACAACCCCGAUCCGUUAACUCUGGCUCCCUGGACUGUACUUGAAGUGGGUGGGGUCGUAAUGGAUGCGAAAGUGCCCAUUUGUCGCCGGCUCCGCCCGGGCCCCGCCUCUCGCCUCGUUCUCUGUUCACCGCUAACCCCGCGGCUGGGAACCCUUGGCCUCCGGGAGCCUGCGUGGUCUAGCCCUAGACCAGGGGAAACCAGGCUGCCAGCGGAGACUCUUCGGGUCGCGGGGCACCGGCCAUCCCGCCGCCGUCCCUUUCGCCUGGCUCGGCUCCCGCCUGCCUCCACUGCUCGCCAGCCGCGCGCAGCUGCGCCUGAUGCCCAGAGCAGCUCGGAGGUGGCCCCAGGACAUCCCAGAGGGGGAUUCACGAGACCCGGCGAUUCAGGUGUGAGAGCAGAAAAACGGACUUAAGAGCUGAGCAGGAUGCGUUCACGGUGCACCGUCUCUGCCGUCGGUCUCCUCAGCUUGUGUCUUGUGGUGUCUGCGAGCCUAGAGACUAUCACACCGUCUGCUUUUGAUGGGUAUCCAGAUGAACCUUGCACUAUAAACAUAACAAUACGAAAUUCCCGGCUAAUUUUAUCCUGGGAAUUAGAGAACAAGUCUGGCCCACCCGCUAACUACACCCUCUGGUACACAGUCAUGAGCAAAGACGAAAAUCUGACGAAGGUUAAGAACUGUUCAGAUACCACGAAGUCAUCAUGUGACGUGACAGAUAAGUGGUUGGAGGGCAUGGAGAGCUACGUCGUCGCCAUCGUCAUAGUGCACAGAGGGGACUUGACCGUGUGCCGCUGCUCAGACUACAUCGUGCCUGCAAACGCUCCUCUUGAGCCGCCAGAAUUUGAGAUCGUUGGCUUUACAGACCACAUAAACGUGACGAUGGAAUUUCCACCUGUCACUUCCAAAAUAAUCCAGGAAAAGAUGAAGACUACACCCUUUGUCAUCAAAGAACAGAUAGGGGACAGCGUUAGGAAGAAGCACGAGCCCAAAGUGAAUAAUGUCACUGGGAACUUCACAUUUGUCCUUAGAGACUUACUUCCAAAGACAAACUACUGUGUAUCUCUUUAUUUUGAUGAUGACCCCGCAAUAAAAUCUCCCUUAAAAUGCAUCGUCCUUCAGCCUGGCCAGGAAUCAGUCCCAAAGACAGACUCCUAAGCAUCACCAUUCAUCAGAGUAAAAUUAAGUUUGGGUUGGCACGGGAAUGAAGAGGUGAUCCUCUGCAGAUGGGCUCCUAGAUUUGAGCUCUUGACCUCCAGCUAAUGGCACCAGUGUGGAUCUUUCUGGAAACGCUGGAGUGAAGUAGGUCACCAAGAACAGGGCUAGCCUUUGACUUGGGAACAGCCUUUGAAGGUCACAUCCACCCCCUGGUUCCUGCUGUAUGGCAU